AUGCUAGCUCUGAUCAUCUUGGCCACCAGAGCGUUUUAUAUCCUCAGCAGUGUUGCCAUCCUUACCGUACGUCUGAUUCCUGCAUUCAGCGAUCGCUUCCUUGCAUAUGGAGCCCGAGAACAAGCUGGGAUUCAGGGGAAACCCAAAAAUAAGGAGCAGCGUACGAUGGGCAUCCAGAUCCUCGACAAUGCUGCUAUUUUGAAAGUACCGCAUUCGUGGUUUACACAUUUUUACAUCGUCUCUGUGGCAUGCUCUUUAGGAUUCGCAUACAUUUUUCACAAUGGAAAUUCGCUCCAGAAGUACAGCGUUCCUGCUCUCUGCUCGAUCAUGAUGUUCAUACAAGGUUGCCGAAGACUCCUUGAGUGUGUGUUUUUGACCAAACCAAGCACCGCACGUAUGUGGAUAGGCCACUACACAAUCGGCCUGAUAUUUUACGUGGCGACAAACUUAGCGAUCUGGAUUGAACACCUUGAACCAACGAGUGCCAUUAAAAUUUCCGAAAGCAACAGGGACCACCUUCUCGAACUAUUCUUGAAUCCGGGGGUGCUCGUCUGCACUUUUACAUUCAUCUAUGCAGCGUACCAACAGCAUCGUUAUCAUCGCUACCUUGCCUCUCUUCGAAAAUACACAUUACCAGACGACCCAGCUUUCCAGUUGAUCAUUGCGCCGCAUUACACAACAGAAUGCGUCAUCUACCUAUCAUUGGCAGUCCUGGACGCGCCGCAGAAGCAUGAACGAGUCGAAUUCAUCAAUUGGACACUGUUCUGUGCUCUGGUGUUUGUCAUAGUAAAUCUGGGUAUCACGGCAGACGGGACCAAGGCCUGGAUGAUGGCCAAGUUUCCAGAGAGGAAAGAAGAAAUAAGAAAACGGUGGAGGGUGAUUCCUCUGCUGUGGUAG